GGGGCGGGGGAGUCGGGCGGGUCCCUCCUCCCCGGCGCCCGGGGCCUCGCGGGGGGGAGGGAGGGGACUGUCCCAUAUAAGCCCGGGUGCUGCGGGCUCAGCCGCCCGCGCCAGCUGUGCUGUACUGGGGGAGGAGAGGGAGCCCCCCGGGCGCGAGCAGGGAGAAGGGACCUACGGCCACAACUUCUGUCGUCUUCUCCAUCCCCUCUGCCCCUCUACCCGUGCCCUUCCCCCACCCUCUGGUCCCCACUUUCUAGGAAGCGUCAACCCCCCCAGGAGGCACUGGAAGGGACUUUUCCCACAGGUUGCGAAGGGAACCAAACUUGGUGGCAACUUGCCUCCUAGUGAGGGCGACUGCCCACCACCACCUUCUCAAGAUGCUCAGGGAUCCGGGGCCCGGGCUGCGGCUGCUGGCCGUCCUGUGCCUGGGGACAGCGGUGCUCUCCACCGGAGCCUCGAAGAGCAAGAGGCAGGCUCAGCAAAUCGUUCAGCCCCAGGUCCCUGUGCCUGUCAGUCAAAACAAGCUCGGUUGUUAUGACAAUGGGCAACACUACCACAUAAAUCAGCAAUGGGAGCGCACUUACCUAGGCAAUGCCUUGAUUUGUACCUGUUAUGGAGGGAGCCGAGGUUUUAACUGCGAGAGCAAACCAGAACCUGAAGAGACUUGCUUUGACAAGUACACUGGAAACACCUACCGAGUGGGUGACACUUAUGAGCGCCCUAAAGACUCCAUGAUCUGGGACUGUACCUGCAUUGGGGCUGGGCGAGGGAGAAUCAGCUGCACCAUUGCAAACCGCUGCCAUGAAGGGGGUCAGUCCUACAAGAUUGGGGACACCUGGAGGAGGCCUCAUGAGACUGGUGGUUACAUGCUAGAGUGUGUGUGCCUUGGGAAUGGAAAAGGAGAAUGGACCUGCAAGCCCAUAGCUGAGAAAUGUUUUGAUCAUGCUGCUGGGACUUCCUACGUGGUUGGGGAAACCUGGGAAAAGCCUUAUCAAGGCUGGAUGAUGGUGGAUUGUACUUGCCUGGGCGAAGGCAGUGGACGCAUCACCUGUACCUCCAGAAACAGGUGCAACGACCAGGACACGAGGACAUCCUAUAGAAUCGGCGACACCUGGAGCAAGAAGGACAGCAGAGGCAACCUGCUGCAGUGCCUGUGCACCGGGAACGGCAGAGGGGAGUGGAAGUGCGAGCGGCACGCCUCUCUGCAGACCACGGCCACCGGACCUGGCUCCUUCGCAGAUGUUCGAACAGCCAUUUACCAGCCGCAGCCCCACCCCCAGCCGGCCCCGUACGGCCACUGUGUCACAGACAGUGGUGUGGUCUACUCUGUGGGGAUGCAGUGGCUGAAGACGCAAGGGAACCAGCAGAUGGUUUGCACUUGUCUGGGCAAUGGAGUCAGCUGCCAAGAGACAGCUGUAACCCAGACUUACGGUGGCAAUUCAAACGGGGAGCCGUGUGUCUUACCAUUCACCUACAAUGGCAGGACUUUCUACUCCUGCACCACAGAAGGGCGGCAGGAUGGACAUCUUUGGUGCAGCACAACUUCGAAUUAUGAGCAAGACCAGAAAUAUUCUUUCUGUACAGACCACACUGUGUUGGUUCAGACUCGAGGUGGAAAUUCCAAUGGUGCCUUGUGCCACUUCCCCUUCCUGUACAACAACCACAAUUACACUGAUUGUACUUCUGAGGGCAGACGAGACAAUAUGAAAUGGUGUGGAACCACGCAGAACUAUGAUGCUGACCAGAAGUUUGGAUUCUGUCCCAUGGCUGCCCACGAGGAGAUCUGCACAACCAACGAAGGGGUCAUGUACCGCAUUGGAGAUCAGUGGGACAAGCAGCACGACAUGGGCCACAUGAUGCGGUGCACCUGUGUCGGGAACGGUCGUGGCGAGUGGACGUGUGUUGCCUAUUCCCAGCUCCGAGACCAGUGCAUUGUUGACGACAUUACGUACAACGUGAAUGACACGUUCCACAAGCGUCAUGAAGAGGGGCACAUGCUGAACUGCACAUGCUUCGGUCAGGGCCGGGGCAGGUGGAAGUGCGAUCCCGUAGACCAAUGCCAGGAUUCAGAGACCCGGACAUUUUAUCAAAUUGGAGACUCGUGGGAAAAGUACGUGCAUGGUGUUAGAUACCAGUGCUACUGCUAUGGCCGUGGCAUCGGGGAGUGGCAUUGCCAGCCGUUACAGACCUAUCCAGGCACAACUGGUCCUGUGCAAGUAAUUAUUACAGAGACGCCCAGUCAGCCCAACUCUCACCCCAUCCAGUGGAAUGCACCAGAACCUUCUCACAUUUCCAAGUACAUUCUAAGGUGGAGACCUAAAAAUUCUGUGGGCAAUUGGAAGGAAGCCACCAUUCCAGGCCACUUGAACUCCUACACCAUCAAAGGCCUGAGGCCAGGUGUGAUCUACGAGGGUCAGCUCAUCAGCAUCCAGCACUACGGCCAGAGGGAAGUGACCCGCUUCGACUUCACCACCCCCAGUGCCAACGCACCUGUGACCAGUAACACCGUGACGGGAGAGACAACUCCCUUUUCUCCCGUUGUGGCUACUUCUGAAUCUGUGACUGAAAUCACAAGCAGCAGCUUCGUGGUCUCCUGGGUCUCGGCUUCGCACACAGUGUCCGGAUUCCGGGUGGAGUAUGAGCUGAGCGAGGAGGGAGACGAGCCCCAGUACCUGGAUCUUCCAAACACAGCCACUUCUGUGAACAUCCCUGACCUGCUUCCUGGCCGAAAAUACAUUGUAAAUGUCUACCAGAUAUCCGAGGAAGGGGAGCAGAGUCUGAUCCUGUCUACUUCCCAGACAACAGCACCCGACGCGCCUCCUGACCCCAGUGUGGAGCAAGUUGAUGACACCUCGAUUGUUGUCCGCUGGAGCAAACCCCAGGCUCCCAUCACAGGGUACAGAAUAGUCUAUUCACCAUCGGUCGAAGGUAGCAGCACAGAACUCACCCUUCCUGAGACCGCCAACUCCGUGACCCUCAGCGACUUGCAACCUGGCGUUCAGUACAACAUCACCAUCUACGCUGUGGAAGAAAAUCAGGAAAGUACUCCAGUCUUCAUCCAGCAAGAAACCACUGGAGUCCCACGUGCAGAUAAAGUUCCCCCUCCCAGAGACCUGCAGUUUGUGGAAGUGACGGAUGUGAAGGUCACCAUCAUGUGGACACCCCCACAGAGUGCGGUGACGGGCUACCGCGUGGAAGUGAUCCCCGUGAACCUGCCUGGGGAGCACGGGCAGAGGCUGCCCCCCAGCAGGAACACCUUUGCGGAGAUCAGCGGGCUGUCCCCCGGGGUCACCUAUUACUUCAAAGUCUUCGCUGUCAACCACGGGAGGGAGAGCAAGCCUCUGACUGCACAGCAGACAACCAAACUGGAUGCUCCCACAAACCUCCAGUUCAUCAAUGAGACAGACACUAGUGUCCUGGUGAUAUGGACGCCACCUCGGGCCCGGAUAGCAGGGUACCGACUGACCGUGGGCCCUACCCGAGGCGGCCAGCCCAAGCAAUACAACGUGGGGCCCUCCGCCUCCAAGUACCCAGUGAGGAACCUGCAGCCCGCCACUGAGUACACGGUCAGCCUCACUGCUGUCAAGGGCAACCAACAGAGCCCCAAAGUCACUGGCGUGUUUACCACUCUGCAGCCUCAGAGCUCCAUUCCACCUUACAACACCGAGGUGACCGAGACAACCAUUGUGAUCACGUGGACACCUGCUCCAAGGAUUGGUUUCAAGCUGGGUGUAAGGCCAAGCCAGGGAGGGGAAGCACCGAGAGAAGUGACCUCAGACUCAGGAAGCAUCGUAGUGUCUGGCUUGACCCCCGGCGUGGAAUAUGUCUACACCAUCCAAGUCCUGAGAGACGGCCAAGAGAGAGAUCCGCCGAUCGUCAACACAGUGGUCACACCAUUGUCCCCACCCACAAACUUGCACCUAGAAACCAACCCUGACACUGGAGUUCUUACAGUUUCCUGGGAGAGGAGCACUACCCCAGACAUUUCUGGCUAUAGAAUUACCACAACCCCUACGAACGGCCAGCAAGGAUAUUCUUUGGAAGAAGUGGUCCAUGCCGAUCAGAAUUCCUGCACUUUUGAAAACCUGAGUCCCGGCCUGGAAUACAAUGUCAGCGUUUACACUGUCAAAGAUGACAAGGAAAGUGUCCCUAUCUCUGAUACCAUCAUCCCAGCUGUCCCUCCUCCCACUGACCUGCGAUUCACCAACAUCGGCCCGGACACCAUGCGGGUCACCUGGGCCCCGCCCGCCUCCAUCGAUUUGACCAACUUCGUGGUGCGCUACUCACCCGUGAAAAAUGAGGACGACGUGGCAGAGCUGUCCAUUUCUCCCUCAGACAACGUGGUGGUCUUGACAAAUCUCCUGCCUGGCACGGAAUACUUAAUCAGUGUCUCCAGUGUGUACGAGCAACACGAGAGCACGCCUCUUAAAGGAAGACAGAAAACAGGCCUUGAUUCCCCAACCGGCAUUGACUUUUCUGAUAUUACCCCCAAUUCUUUCACUGUCCACUGGAUGGCGCCUCGAGCCCCCAUCUCUGGCUAUGAGAUCCGCCAUCACCCUGAGCACCAGAGUGGAAGACCUCGGAAAGACCGAGUGCCUCCCUCUCGGAAUUCCAUCACCCUCACCAACCUCAAUCCGGGCACAGAGUAUGUGGUCAGCAUCAUCGCUGUUAAUGGCAAAGAGGAAAGUCCUGCCUUGGUUGGCCAGCAAUCAACAGUUUCUGAUGUCCCGAGGGACCUGGAAGUGGUUGCUGCCACCCCCACCAGCCUGCUGAUCAGCUGGGAUGCGCCUGCCGUCACCGUGCGGUAUUACAGGAUCACCUAUGGAGAAACAGGAGGAAAUAGCCCUGUCCAGGAGAUCACUGUGCCUGGGAGCAAGUCUACAGCUACCAUCACCGGCCUUAAACCCGGAGUCGAUUACACCAUCACUGUGUACGCCGUCACUGGCCGUGGGGACAGCCCAGCCAGCAGCAAGCCAAUUUCCAUCAAUUACCGAACAGAAAUUGACAAACCAUCUCAGAUGCAAGUGACUGAUGUUCAGGACAACAGCAUUAGUGUCAGAUGGCUGCCUUCAAGUUCUCCUGUUACCGGUUACCGAGUGACCACCACUCCCAAAAAUGGCCCAGGACCAUCAAAAACCAAAAUGGCAAGUCCAGACCAGACAGAAAUGACCAUUGAAGGCUUGCAGCCCACCGUCGAGUAUGUAGUUAGUGUCUAUGCUCAGAAUCGAAACGGAGAGAGUCAGCCUCUGGUCCAGACUGCAGUAACCACUAUUCCUGCACCAACCAACCUGAAGUUCCUGGCCAGCACACCCAAUUCCUUGCUGAUAUCUUGGCAACCACCCCGUGCCAGAAUUACCGGCUACAUCAUCAAGUAUGAGAAGCCUGGGUCCCCUCCCAGAGAAGUCGUCCCUCGGCCCCGCCCUGGUGUCACAGAGGCCACCAUUACUGGCCUGGAACCAGGAACCGAGUACACAAUUUACGUCAUUGCCCUGAAGAAUAAUCAGAAGAGUGAGCCUCUGAUUGGGAGGAAAAAGACAGAUGAGCUUCCCCAACUGGUAACCCUUCCACACCCCAAUCUUCAUGGACCAGAGAUCUUGGAUGUUCCUUCCACAGUUCAAAAGACCCCUUUCAUCACCAACCCUGGGUAUGACAAUGGAAACGGUAUUCAGCUUCCUGGCACUUCUGGUCAGCAGCCCAGUGUUGGCCAACAAAUGAUCUUUGAGGAACAUGGUUUUAGGCGGACCACACCACCCACCACGGCCACCCCCGUAAGGCAUAGGCCGAGACCAUACCCGCCGCAUGUAGAUGAGGAGAUCCAAAUUGGUCACGACCCCAGGGGAGAUGUAGACCAUCACCUCUACCCUCACGUUCUGGGACUCAAUCCAAAUGCCUCUACAGGACAAGAAGCUCUCUCUCAGACAACCAUCUCUUGGACCCCAUUCCAAGAAAGUUCUGAGUACAUCAUUUCAUGUCAUCCUGUUGGCAUUGAUGAAGAGCCCUUACAGUUCCGAGUUCCUGGAACUUCGACCAGUGCCACACUAACAGGCCUUACCAGAGGGGCCACCUACAACAUCAUAGUGGAGGCGCUGAAAGACCAAAAGAGGCACAAGGUUCGGGAGGAGGUCGUUACCGUGGGUAACUCUGUCAAUGAAGGCCUGAACCAACCUACAGAUGACUCCUGCUUCGACCCGUACACUGUUUCUUACUAUGCCAUUGGCGAGGAAUGGGAGCGGUUGUCUGACUCUGGCUUUAAGCUCUCGUGCCAGUGCUUAGGCUACGGAAAUGGUCAUUUCCGAUGCGAUUCAUCUAAAUGGUGCCAUGACAAUGGUGUGAACUACAAGAUUGGAGAGAAGUGGGAUCGGCAAGGAGAAAAUGGCCAGAUGAUGAGCUGCACGUGUCUUGGGAACGGAAAGGGAGAAUUCAAGUGUGAUCCUCAUGAGGCGACCUGUUACGAUGAUGGAAAGACAUACCACGUAGGAGAGCAGUGGCAGAAGGAGUAUCUGGGCGCCAUUUGCUCCUGCACGUGCUUCGGAGGCCAGCGGGGCUGGCGCUGUGACAACUGCCGCAGACCUGGGGCCGAACCCAGUCCCGAAGGCUCCACUGGCCACUACAACCAGUAUUCUCAGAGAUAUCCUCAGAGAACAAACACUAACGUUAAUUGCCCAAUUGAGUGCUUCAUGCCUCUAGAUAUACAGGCUGACAGAGAUGAUUCCAGAGAGUAGAUGUUUCCAAGCCUGAGGAGCAAGCACGUCUCUCUGCCAAGGCCCAUCCAGACUGGAGUGAUGUCAGCAGGCCCCACAUUGGAGUGCUUGUUUCUUUCUUAAGCCCUUUGCUCUGGAGCAAGUUCUCCAGCUUCAGCUCAACUCACAGCUUCUCAAGCAUCGCCCUGGGAGUGUUUUGAGACUUUUCUGAUAAAUGAAGGCACUACGUUGCCUGUUCUGCUUCAACGUAGUCAAUACUGCUCAGUAUUUUAAAUGAAAUGAUUCUAACAUAUGAUUUGGUUUGGGAUCGAUAGGAAAGCAUAUGCAGCCAACCAAGAUGCAGAAUGUAUGGAAAUGACAUGAACAAAAAUUUAAGUAGGAAAGGUACCCAAACACUUCUGCUUUCACUUACCUGCCCGGUCUGCAGUCCCGUCGGGACGGCAUGACCUUGUUACUGUGAUAUUUAAAGUAUCUACAGUACUCACUUUCUCCAAAUGAUUCUAGUAAUUUGCCUAGAGAUAACUUUCUCUGACCUGUUAUUUAUCAAUUUUUCCCAGUAUUUUUAUAUGGAAAAAAAAUUGUAUGGAAGACACUUAGUAUUCAGUUGAUAAGAGGAAUUUGGUAUAAUUAUGGUUGGUGAUUAUUUUUUAUACUGUAUGUGCCAAAGCUUUACUACUGUGGAAAGACAACUGUUUUAAUAAAAGAUUUACAUUCCACAA